AUGAAUUCAAAAUUUAUUUCUAAACACAAAGAUCAGUUUGAAAUCAUCAAUGUCUAUUUAAAUAAACUGAUCAAUGAUAAACUCAUUGUUUAUGCAAUUGAUCCGAAAUCCGAUCUAUUCGAAACCAAAGAAAGCUAUGGUGAUCGGAUUCUAGGUUGUCAAAUUUAUAAGAUCAUUACAAAUGAAUGUCGUAUUACUCCUUCACCAAGCACAUGCCAAAAUAUUUUUCAGCACUCUGCUUCCAACCUUGCAUUGUCUCAACUCUAUGACCAAUUACCGAUAUCCGAUUUCAUUGUUGGUCCAGAACCCGUAAGCACCAAGAAAAAAGGAGAUAUAAUGGAGGUUAUCAUCUGUGAACUUAAAGAAUCAAAGGAUAAGAUUGCCAAACAACUAUUAAAACUAAUGAUACUAGUUCUUAUUCAACAUGCCAUCUUCAAGAAUUACACUAAAGAGUUUACCCUUGCCAAAAUUUGCAAUACCCACACAAUGUUAACCAUUACAAUUUCUCUACUCUCCCUAUUGGAAUGA